AUGGCCACCAAACUUGUGGAUCUGGUGUAUUGGCGUAAAAUGACAAAGACCUGUGUGGUGUUCACGGGGCUGGUGAUCAGUCUGGCCAGUCUGUUCCAGCUCAGCGCCAUCACCGUGCUCUCCCACCUCUGUCUGGGUGUCAUGUGUGUCACCUUCACCCUCCGGCUUUACUAUAAACUGCUGGAGCUGCUGCGCUGGAACCCCGGGGUCCAUCCUUUCCAGUCGUAUCUGGAUCAUGACAGCUCUCUGACAGAUAAGGAGACGGUGAUGCUGGUGGAGGAGGUGGUGCUGCUCAUCGCAUUUGCCGUCACAGAGAUCAAACGGCUCAUUUUCAUCGAAAGCAUGAUCGACUCAAUUAAGUUUGUCGGGCUCCUGUAUCUCCUGUCCUAUGUCGGAGUCCUAACCAGCGGACUGACUCUGGUGAUAACUGCUGUGAUCGUUGCCUUCUCCCUUCCUCUGUUGUACAGAAAGCAGCAGAUGCGGAUACGGAGGAUGGUUAGAGCCGUCAAAGCUUUUGUAAAGAGAAUCAAAAACCUGUGCCUCGGCCUGUAUGCUUCAGUGAGGCCCUCUCCAGCAGCUGCACCUACACUUGCAUCCGCAACUGCACCGAAACAGAAAGCCAAGUCAAAGUAA